AUGGAUUCACGUUUAAGUGCUUUCAACUCAGGACUUACAAAACUUACAGUUCCCCCUAGGCCACAUUUAGAUACUCAGCAUUCUUCACCACACACUCCAAGUGACCACAGUCACAGUCCUUCUAAAUCGUAAUCUUAAAAUCAGUCUGAGAUCUAAAGGAAGUCCAGCAAUACCCCCAAACGAUGAGAGAGCCAAUGCAAGAAUUAUACAAAACAACUUAAUUUAUGUAAUUAAUUUGCCUCAAUCAGCAGCUGACGACAGUUUACUUCGAAGUAAAGAAUAUUUUGGCCAAUAUGGACAUAUAAAGAAAUGUUCCUUAAAUCGUGGAGUUUUUGCAAAUAAUUCUAGCACGCCUGCAUUUGGAGCUCAUAUAACGUUUUCAACAAGUGAAGAAGCAGCUUUAUGCAUAAAAGCUUGCGAUAAAUUUGAAUUAGAUUGGAAGCCGUUGACGGUAACAUACGGUACUACAAAAUACUGUAAUUAUUUUUUAAGUGGCACUCAGUGUCCUAAAAAGGAUUGUCUUUACCUUCAUAAAGAAGCUCCAGAAGCUGACACUGUCCCUCGUGAGCAUAUUCCUAGUAAACACAUCCAGGGCCACGAUGCUGCAAUUGAUAAAAUUAGGGUAAUAAUCCAGCCACCAGUUCUUCCUUACAAGCUUCCCUCAGCAAGAGUCGUAAGAGACCGCGCUACAAGUGAAAUAAUCCCUAUGUCGCCUCAACAAAACAGAAUCCGAUCAUAUUCUAAAGAAUUCAACCUUCACAAUUUAUUCAAUCUUGUUGAAGAAGGUGACGAGACACCUCCAGAAGUCCCAAAAAUAUUUAAUAAAUUACUGAGCAGUGCAUCUCCAUGCAAAGAUUUAGUCGAAAUAUCUACCGAAGAUAUAGAAGAAAUUUUAAGCCCUACAAGUCCUGAUAAGUGGGCUGUAGACGUGCUUGAUAUCCAAGAGAGUCCAGAUGAAGAGAAAGUGUUAGUUUCUUCGAAAUGUCGAAGAGAGUAA